UUAAAGCAGCAAGUUUAUUAAACUUAAGGGAUUUUUCUUUGUCUCUUUAGUAGUUCUGCACAUUUAACAGAAGCUGUCCCCUAAAAUGAAUUAGAUUUUGACUUUCUCUUCCUGUUUCUGCAGGUCAUCAAAGAAGUCAACUUGCAUCAUACAUGACAAAGCAUAUUGGAGGAGGAGCUUAACAAUAACUCAAAGCCUAUGGAUUCCAUUGGCUCGGAAGAAGGACAAGAAGAACAAUCUGAGCAAUCUCUGUAUUCAUCAGUCAGCUCUAAAGGUCGACAACGCAAGAAAAAUCCCAAGUAUUUAGAUUAUGAAACAGCUGAUAAAGAUAUUAGUGAAAGUAUAAAACAGGAACUGAUUAAAAAUGGGUCUGAAAAGAAAAGAGCUGCCUCUCAAAAGGGUUCAAAAAGAGGUAGAAAACCCAAGGCUGCUGUGCAGCAGGCUGUGGACGGGGAUAAUGAAACAAAAGAACAAACACCUUCAGAUUCAGUCGGUGAAAAUGUAGCAGCAACGCCUAAAAAACCAGGAAGAAAGAAAAAAAUACAGCCUGAAGCACCUGUCGCCACUGAUGGGGGCCUUCCAGCUGAAGGAGAUGGAGGUGGAGCAGCUGAAAGAUCUGUCAAUCAGGAAAACGGGACACCAAAGCCAAAGAGAAAGUAUGUGAAGAAGAAGGCUGCGGAGCCAGCUGAAGAACCACCUCUUGAGGAGGAACCAGAGGAGGAGGUCGAAACAGGCGGGCGUCGCAGGAGAGGGGCUGCAAAAAU